AUGUCUCAAGAAACCUCUUUUCCAAUCCCUACUAUGAUACCUGGUCUCAUCGAUGAUACCAAGACUAAGGAUGUCAAGAUACUAGCUGAGCAAACCAUGAUCCACGCAGGAAAACAACGUCGUCGUCGCACACGUAAUCGUGGAUUUGACCCUAAUCACAUUCCAAGACCAGUCAACUGCUUCAUGCUGUAUCGUAUCGAGAUGCAAAAGUAUAUUCGAAAGCAUUGUCCAUACGCCAACCACCGACAAAUCUCGAAAAUUGUAGCCAAGUGGUGGCAUCAAGAGACCGAGGAAAUCAAGGACGAAUUCCGCUCUGCUGCUGACAAGGUUAAAAUGGAACAUCGUAGCAAGUAUCCUGAAUACAAGUAUUCCCCCAAGAAAAAGAAACAGCAAGAGCCAAAGCAUCAAGAGCCAAAUCAGCAACAUGUAGUGCCUCACAAUGUUCAAGAAAGCAACGUUGAUGAGAAGUUCGAGACCUUUGAUUAUAUGGCUAGUGCUCCAUGGCGCCAACAACCUGCUACCUUGUAUGGUGAUGAGAAGCCAAGUCCCGUUCUUUAUAUGCCACAGCCUCAGUAUUACAUGCUAUCACCUGAAACAGCUCUUCCUUCCUCGCAUCUGCCAUCGUUGGAUUACCCACUUACAAGCACUUCUGCAAGCUUGAAUACACCAGUGUGGGAUUCGAAAGCACUAGACCAUGAUGACUAUAAGCUUGAUAUGCCCAAAGGCAGAGGUUGUGCAUUAUCAUCGUCAUCAUGUUCGUCAUCGUCCUUGUCCCCUGAUAUGUGGAGCAAUCCAUCCUUGCCAUCAUGCAACUUGGAAGCCUAUGCUUUGCAGCAGCCUAUCCUUGACCAUCAUCCAAUCAUCAGCCCGUGGACCCAUUCCUUUGUUCCAGUAGGACAAGAAUCAAUGCUAGUGGAGCCUCUCGCUUCUGAUUAUUCCAGUAGUAGUACCCAUGACAAUGCCUAA